AUGAACUUUCUCAAGUCGGUCACUGGCGCCGUGCUCAACUCGACCGGUGUGUCGUUCCCAUUCACCAUUGGCGAACGUAUCCCCGGUAUCGAGGCUGGAAGCUCCAUCUGGGAGGUUCGCGAGGGUGUGAAAAAGGACGACGGCACUCCCGUGACAUUGUUCAUCUUCGACUCGACUCUUGGCCCCUUCCAGCCGGGAAACAAAGACAGGAAGACACUGCUGCAGAUUGCAAAGAACUCGCUCAAGAAGCUGCGCACUAUUAGGCAUCCUGAUGUCAUCAAGUAUAUUGAUUCGGUCGAGACCGAGACCCACGUCUACAUCGCUACCGAGCCCGUGCGACCACUCCAAGGUGUUCUUCGCGACUGGGGUACCGGAGGCGCGCUGACCGGCUCGGCUGGCGCCAAGGGCAAGGCAGGGAAGGAGGCUUGGAUGGGAUGGGGUAUGAAGAGUGUCUCUACCGCACUCGCAUUCCUCAACUCGCCACCACUGUCGCUGCAUCACGCGUACCUCACUCCCUCAGCUGUGUUUAUAACGCCAUCGAUGGAGUGGAGGCUAGCAGGCUUUGACCUGUUAACUGGACGUGAUGACCAGUCUGGUGUACUCUGGGGCCUUGGUGGUGUUGCUCCUGGAGGAGCUGGUGACUACUCCAGCCCAGAAGUGAAAAAGGGCGGAUGGAAUGUUCUGAGAGACACCGACCCAGCACAAGAAGACACGUACCUGCUCGCGAUGUUCCUAUUCGUGCUGUUCAACCCAGAGAAACCUCUCCCCAACUUCUCUGCCGCUCCUACCCCGGCCUCUGCUGGCCAGCUGCCAAAGCGCCUGUUUCCUCUGUGGAAGCGCAUGUUGAAUCCGAACGCCAAGACGCGCCUGUCCACGAUCAACUUUGUUGCAGAGGUGGUACAGACUGGUUUCUGGAACGACAACCCUCUCGUCCAGCUUGUGGAUGGCCUGGAUGGCUUUGAGCUGCGGUCUGACGGCGAGAAGAAUGCGCUGCUUCGCACGAUCAAGGACGCUGCCGAAGGCGGAUCGCUUCCCGAGCCCUUCCUCGUUCACCGUGUGCUUCCUUCCCUUCUUCACUCGCUGUCGCUUCCCAACGCCCCCAGUGCGCUCAUGCUCCCCCUUGUCCUCGCGCUCGGUAGGCAGGUUCCUCCCUCGACGUACGGCAAGGUCAUUCUUGAUCCUGUGGUCAAGCUCUACGCCAGCCCAGACCGUGGCACGCGUAUGGCGCUGCUCGAUGGCCUCGACGAGUACGCCGACAAGCUUGACUCGAGGACUACUGUUGACCGCGUGUGGCCCAACCUCAUCACUGGCUUUGCCGAUACUGUGCCCGUCAUCCGUGAGGCGACCAUCAAGGCCGUCUUCCCGCUGGCCGGCAAGCUGUCGGACCGUAUCCUGAACAACGACCUGCUCCGUCUUCUGGCCAAGAUGCAGACUGACCAGGAGGCCUCGAUCCGUACCAACACGUGUAUUCUUCUGGGGCGCCUUGCGCCGAUGCUUGGCCCCAACACAAAGAAGAAGGUCCUGGUGCCCGCGUUUGCUCGCAGUCUCAAGGACCCCUUUGUCCACGCCCGUGUCGCCGCCCUCAUGGCGCUCAUGGCCACUGUCGACUGCUUUGACCGCGACGACCUGGCCGCGCGUGUGAUUCCGAACAUGGCGUUUGCCCUUGUGGACAAGGAGAAGGUCGUGCGUGACCAGGCUUUCAAGGCCAUGGCCAUGUUCAUGAAGCGCCUCGAAGAGUACGCCACCACCCUCCCUACGACGAUGAUCCGUGAGGACUCGCCCAAUGCUCUCGGAUCUGGCUACACCAACGGCAACGGUGCCGCAGGUGCUCCAGCCUCCGGUGGCGGUACUGCUCUCGUGUCGUCUGCAGCGGGAGCCGCCGGCUCGCUGGCAGGAUGGGCCUUCAGCUCGCUCAGCAAGCAGCUGGCCACCACCGAAGCCAACUCGACCAUGACCGCGGCGCCGGCCCAGGUCCAGGCCCUCACCCCUUCGGCCAACACUCCAGACACCUCGCGCCGCCCCAGCGCAGACAGCGUCACUGCGUCGUUUUCGCGUCCGGCGCCUUCUCCCCUUGUGUCGUCGUUUGGCCAGUCGAGCUCUGGUGGCGCUCGUACCUCCGCCAGCAAGCCCGCUGCUCACGGUAUGAAGCUCGGCGGCGGACCAAAGAAGACCCAGCACUCGGCAUUUGCAGACAUUGCAGACGAAGUCGCUGGCGAGUGGGACGACGAUGACGAAGUGGCCAACGCGUGGGGCAACGACGACUUGAUGGAUGUCAACGCCGACAAUGAUGACUGGACCGCCUUUGAGUCUGCGCCCGCACCAGAGAUCGCCGUGCCCCCUCCACAGAGUUACUACGUUACCCCGGCGCCCAAGCCGACGCCCAAGGCAGCCCCGGCACCAAAGGUGCACGCUCCUACACCCGUCAAGGUCAAGCCCACUCCCACCACCACGGCCCCGGCACCUACCCCCGCUGCCGCUGCCGCUCCGUCGUCGGUGGCCUCGCCCCGCUCGUCCAUCUCCGAGUCCUCCAAGCCCGCAUCGCCUGCGCCGCCCAGCCUGGCGUCAAUGAGCAAGGAGGAAAAGGACAAGGAGAUGGCGCGGAGACGAGAGGAGCGCAAGGCGCGUAUCGCCGCCAUGAAGAAGGGCAAGGCUUGA